GCCUGGCCCUCACCAUCCUCCUCUUCCUCAGCAUCCUUCCUCCCGCCCCCCGGCCCGCCCCGCCUCCCCUCCCGGGCACGCCGAGAGCCAAGCCCCCGCUGCUACUCGCCGCCCGUCGCGCUGACCCCACGCAUCUCGCAGCGGGCAGGGGGUCACAGGGAGGCCGGGGUGCCGAGAGCCCGGCCCCGCUUAAAUACCUCCGCAUCCGCCUCCCGAGCCGCACAACUCGCCCGGCGAGGGGCCGACAGCAACCAGAGUCCCGCAGCAGCCGCCGCCACCGGGGACAUCCGCACACCGCCUCCGAGGGACAGGGACACGGAGCCACAUGCCUGCGCACUUGCUACAAGAGGAGGAGUUCUCCUCCGCUUCCAGCACCACCACUGUCACCUCACGGGUGACCAAGAAUGGGAAUGCCGUUGUGGAGAAAGACUUACUUCAUCAUGACAAUGUGGCUGCAGAACGAGGCAUGGUAGAUGACCUCUUUGAUGAAACCUACCGUGAGAAGGAAGGCCCCAAGCCCCCUUUUCGAUACGUCUGGAGAAAUAUCAUCCUCAUGAGCCUGCUGCAUCUAGGGGCCAUAAUCGGGCUGACGAUGAUCCCUUCUGCAAAGAUCCAGACCCUGGCAUGGGCCAUUCUGUGUUUCGUGUUGAGCGCUCUGGGGAUAACAGCUGGAUCUCACCGCCUCUGGAGCCAUCGAUCCUACAAAGCCACACUGCCCCUGCGGAUCUUUUUGACUAUUGCAAACUCAAUGGCCUUCCAGAAUGACAUCUAUGAGUGGGCCAGGGACCACCGUGUCCAUCACAAGUUCUCCGAGACAGAUGCAGACCCUCACAAUGCUAUGCGGGGCUUCUUCUUCUCCCACAUCGGCUGGCUGCUGGUACGCAAACACCCAGAUGUCAUAGAGAAGGGCCAGAAGCUGGACCUGAGUGACUUAAAGGCUGACAAAGUGGUGAUGUUCCAGCGGAGAUACUACAAGCCGUCGGUGGUGUUGCUGUGCUUCACGCUGCCCACUGUAGUGCCCUGGUACUUCUGGGAUGAAUCCAUCAUCAUCAGCUUCUUCAUUCCAGCCAUCCUGCGCUACACCUUAGGGCUCAAUGCCACCUGGCUAGUGAACAGUGCUGCUCACAUGUUUGGCAAUCGGCCGUAUGAUCAGAACAUCAACCCACGGGAGAACCCACUUGUCAGCGUGGGGGCCCUAGGAGAAGGUUUCCACAACUACCACCAUACAUUCCCCUACGACUACUCCACCAGUGAGUUUGGCUGGCGCUUCAAUUUAACCACAGCCUUCAUCGACCUCAUGUGCCUCCUGGGGCUGGCCAGCGAUCGCAAGAAGGUCUCCAAAGAGGUCAUCUUGGCCCGGAAAAUGCGGACUGGAGAUGGGAGUCACAAGAGCGGUUGAGUUCCUACUCCCCUUCACACACACAUCCACACCUCUCCUUCCUCCUUUUUCUCCCUUUCUCCUUUCCUGACCCCUCUGAACACGCUGGACAAAGGUUUAAUGUUCUGUUUACUAACUACUGAAUAAUGCUACCAGUUUGCUUACGAUAAUGAUAAUGAGUUUUAACCUCCUCCUAUGGUGUAUUUUACGUGAUGUAUUUAAGACCUGGAGCUCUGCCUCUGUAACACCAGGCCACCACUUUCCCCCUCCCCUGUCCCUUUUUGUUUUCACUUCUAACUUCUCUGCCCUGUUUUCUGCUUUAUUUCAUCCCUGCCUCCCCCAGUGGAGGAGCUGGUGGGAAGCAGCCUGGGCCAUUGCAGCCUGCUGCAUACCACAGUGCUGAGGGAUGCCCAUACCAUCCAGCUGGAGAGUUAAGCCAAAGUCAGUGUGACCGUCUCCCCAAAAUUCCCUCCUCUCCUUCCUCUGUCCCUCCUUUCUCAAGGGCUGCUGAUGCUUGGCAUGGCUAAACUGCUGUCUGGGAUAAGCAGCCCUGUCCCUUUCCCUUACUGUUGGGUGCAGUGUGGGGAGUGGUCUCCUCCCCACCUCUCAGCCCUCUGGUGGUGGGAGGAGAGCCCCAAAGGUGUCUGAGAGCUCCAGGCAGGUCUUGGGUGGUUUUGUUGGAUGCUGCCAAGAUUUUGCCAGCAAAUAGGAUGUGCCAAAACUGAGAGGGGGAGAAGGAUGUAAACCAAAGCUUCACCACUGUAUUAAGCUGCUUUACAUGCUGGAGGAACAGUGUCCCCACAGAUGUCCUGAUGUCCCUGCAUGUCCCAGGGUCUGGGUGCAGGGACACAGGAGACAUGGCUGGUAUGGCGAGGGAGCACCUGUGUGCUCAGGAGGGUGUAAAGACUUCUUGGAAGACCUACAAAGCACGUCUCUCCCUCUGCAUGGGCUCUGCUUGGUUGAUUAACAAGUGCCUGACAAACACUGAGAUGGAGCGAGGUGGCAAGGAGCUGAGGGGUCUUGCAGUCCCCAGCUCCCUGAGGGAUGCGGACGCACUCUCUAGAGAACACAGGAAGAGAACGCAGCUCCUCCUUAGUCCCUUAGCUUGCUUCCUGGCCCCCUGUGACUGCCAGCCUGCUGCUCUGCCUGGUGAGCAAGCUGCUGUCCCGCUAUGCAGGCAGCGCGGGUGGUGAGGCAGCGCAAAGGUCGGUUAUAUCACCCAGGCCUGAGACAGCGUGGGCAGGCAGCUGAAGGGCGUGUUGGGAAAAAGAAGUUCCUGUGGGUGUUGUUUCCUGUAAGCUGCACAGACUGCAGCAGGAGUUCAGGCGGUUGGGUCGUGGGCACAGUGGCCCCUCACCAGGCUGAAUGUGCUUUUUUUUUUUUUUUUCCUCCUUAGCUUCCCUCACCCUUAUCCACUUUUAUUUUUGCAAUUAGUUGUAGCAAUAGUAUCAAUUAUGUUGCUUAAACACAUGGAUGGAACUGGAGGAAAGCAUAAGAGGUGACCAGGAAGGGGUAACAUUGAGCAGAUUGGUGGCAUCCCCCUGGUUCUGGAGGCAGCUCAUCUGCAUGGCCCCUUGCCCCGCUCCCCACAGAGCAGCCUGGCAAGCCUCCCUGCAGCCAGCUGCUGCAGCUUUGCUGCUCUGAGACAUGUGGGAACCAGGACAGCUUUGCAAUGCUCUCCGUAACUCUUUAGCUCAGGACUCUCCUGUCCUUUCCCCUCCCUGCCGCAUCCUUCUCACUGCUCCUCAGUAGGACCCUUCUGCUCUGGGCUACCAGGACUGAUGUGAUCUCCAGCUGAGGGCUGUGAUGCGGAGCUCACAGCAUCCCAAAGGUAGCGGCACUGGACUGAAGGCAGCAUCCUUACAGCCCCGCUGCUUUGUUGGGGUCAAAGGGGAGAAACACUCUUAGCUCUACAGCGGUGGGCUGCCUUCACCAAACCCCUGUGAACUCCUUGAAGUCUCCAGAGAGGAUGAGGUGCUCCAGCCAGUGCUGUGAAGGGGGAAAGGAGAGGAGAACGAUUCCUUGCUCCUGGUGCCCUCAGCCUGCAGCAUGGCAUACCCUGCAGCAGAGAAGUGUGCGUGACAUGCUGCAACAGCUCACGUCCUCCCAGUAGAGAAAGCAGGGCCUGACUGACACCAAGGGUUCCUUUUGAAUUUCAAGUGCUGAUUUGGGUCCAGAAUUUGGAAUUAGGGUGGAAGCUGAGGAACAGUAACCAAACAGUCCUGGUGUUUGCCCAGUCACUUUCAAGGUGGAUUGGCAAAUAUCUCUGGGUGCCUUAAAUCUUUCUUUAAUAUACAUAGAAGUAUUGACAGCUGUUUGCUGUUUUUUGUUUUGUUGGUUUUUUGGGAUUUUUUUUUGCUGAAUUAUGAACAUUUGAGGGUUUCUUAAUUAUUUAAUUGCCUACAUUGAACUGUGGGUGCAGGUGAUUUUGAAUGUACUUGAGUUAGAAAUUUUUGUUAGAUUAAGAAACUGAUAGAACAUUUUAGGUAGACCUUUGUUUGAUAUAUAUAUAUAUAUAUAUAUACACACCUAUAAAUAUAUAUAUAUAUUUUUGGUGGCAUGUUUGUAUCCUGGAUGCAUCGUCUGUAUGUUCACUGUAAAUGAGUCUGUGAGAGGUGGAAGCGGAUGAGGCGGCAGCGGAGCCGUUCCCUGAGCCCAGGUGAGCACCUGCCUGCUGUGCCAUCUGGGACAGUGUCAUGUCAUGCCUCAGUUUCCCUGCACGGGGCUGCACGCUGCCCACAGGGAGCAGGAGGGAGGCAGCAACACACCAUGUGCACAAUGAUGCUGGAGGAAGCAUUUUCCAGGCCCGUUCCCAGUCCCGGUGGUAUCACAGAGAGCAAGUGAUUGGGUGCUCGGGGAAGGACUGGAGAGCUGAACCUGCGCGCUGCCUGAGCUCUGUCACUUGAGAGUAGGAUACGAUUUUUCACAGCUUAGGGAUUUCUGCAUAGUAGUAUCUCUCUGUUUUGUGUACUGGAAAAGGAAAAAAACAAAAAACAAAAAAAAAACUUUUUGAAAUAAUUUCUACUAAUAUGGAAACAGACAUCUGGUUGUGCUGAUCUGAAAUUUUAUUUGUUCAUAAUAAAAAUGUUACUUUAAAGACCUGUUGGGCUUCCAGCGUGACGAGCGGGACUGGGCUAAGCACGAGAACUUAGGAGGCACACUGUCACCCACGCCUUUUGCUGAGCUGGCCUCAGCAGUCCUCGUGGGUCCCUUCCAAAGCGGGAUGUUCUGUGUUCUGUGGGCUAGAAGAUGCCAAUCCUCAGUCCUGCUCCCUCCCACCAUUGGCAAGGAAGGGGAGAUCAGCCUCUGCCUCUGUAAGGGUGCUGAGCGAGCAGCUCAUGAUGGCUGCUCCCUCCCGGCACGCCUGCUGCCGGCUGCCCGCGCCGCGGGUUACUGCAGGUUACCCAGCCGGGCUCUGUGCCAGCGCCCGCGGCUGCCGGCCGUGCAUGCGGCACAACACGUAAUACCGGCAGCCCGGCCCCACGUCACACGAGUUCAUUCACCUCGGCCAGGGGAAUUUUCCUGCUGCUGCCAGCCCUGCUCUCUCCAUCCCUUUUCGAAGCUGGAGGGAAGUGAGAGAAAAAGGGGCAAUCCCCCCGCCAAAUAUCGCUUUAAUUGCUGGUUGCUUCUCCCCUACCUCACCCAAGCCCCCUUCAGCCAGAAAUGGGGAGUAAGGCCCACGCUGCGUAGGCCCAACUUGCUCCACUUGGAUGCGGGGUGCGCACAGCCCCCAGCCCCCAGACACUGCGGCCUUGCACACGGCGUGUGGAUCUCAGCACAAUCGGCCCACGCUCUGCUUCCAAGGCUGAGCUCCGGCCGCAGCGCUCUGCCCCAGGGCGGGGGGCACAGCGGGGCUGCGUGGCUGCUCUGGGCUGGCGAAGGGCUGCUGCUUGUGGUAUCCAGCGCUCUUCUCACUCAGCACAACCCCUCUGAACACAAGUGAGGCAGAAGGCCCAACUCCAACCCCGAUUAUUCAGAAAAGCCUAAAAAUAAAGUUAAUGAUCCCUCCGCCUGCGUUUCACGAGAGCAGAGCUCCGAUCUCUGCCUCUCCCUUUUUCUCCAAGGCUGUCAUUAAAUCCCCUGCCCAACACACGCUUUCCGGCACUAUCGAGCCCUCCAGCGCUGCCAGCUCAGCACUGAGCUCGCUGCCUGCAGGCGUUUUAAAGCGAUUCCUCUUCCCCCUUCUCUGCGUGCUCUGUGAAUUCGGGGUGCCGUCCCGAUGCACCCCAACUCUGCUUUUUUGUGGAUCUCCCCCCCACCAAGGCACGGACGGGUUAAGGCGCUGCUGGGAAGAGAGGGCAGGGAAACAAGAGACCGCUUGUUUCGCACCCACCGGCGGGAGGGACCGAGGGCGCAGCCUGCGGGCGGCCAGGUGGGGCUGCGGGCACGGCCCUUGCAUCCCCGAGCCCUCGGCACCGGGCAGACCCGCACACACGUGGAUGCAGCGACCCCCACCCCCGGCUGGCGCCAGGCAGUUCGGCCCUCGGCUGGCGGAGCCCUGCGCACGCUGCUCCCGCCCAUUGGCUGAGCCCAGCCGCAACGGCUGACGGUGCACAAAAAAAAAAAAGAAAAAAAAAA